AUGAUAAGAAAUUACAUAAGAAAAUCCACCAGAUGUUCGUCUUAUAAUGAUGAAUCAUUGAAAAUUGCUGUUGAAUCAGUAACGAAUGGCAUGCCACUAAAAACGGCUGUCAAAAAAUAUGGGGUCCCUGCAAGAACUUUAAAAAGGCAUCAGAUGGCCAUGACCAAAUUUCCUGGAAAAAUUAAGCUGGGACAUUUUCACUCAAUUUUUACAAAGGACCAAGAACUAGAACUAGUAGAAAUUAUUAAAAGUAUGGAAAAAUCACUCUUCGGAAUGACCACAACAGACGUCAGGAAAGUGGCUUUUGAAUUUGCCGAAAAAAUGAAAUUAAGCCAUCCAUUCAAGGUUGAAAUGAAAAUGGCAGGGAUAGACUGGAUGUAUGGUUUUUUAAAAAGACAUCCAACGCUAUCUAUUAGAAAGCCGGAAGCGAUAAAUUUAUCACGGUUAGUUGGCUUCAAUAAAGAGCAGGUAAAAAUAUUUUUCGACAUAUAUCUUGAAACUCUCAACAAUGGAAAUUACAAUGCUAUGAAAAUAUGGAAUGUGGACGAAACUGGAAUCUCAACUGUUCAGAAACCAGUGAAAAUUGUUGGCAGCAAAGGUUCCAGACAAAUAGGAAAAAUUACAAGCGGGGAACGUGGACAUACAGUAACUGUUUUAUGUUCUAUGAACGCUGCCGGAAUAUUUAUUCCACCUAUGUUUAUCUUUCCAAGAAAAAGAAUAGUGGAUUCUUUAAUGAAUGACAGUCCACCACAAUCAAUUGGGACAUGCACUCCGAGUGGUUGGUCCGAUAGUGAGUGCUUUAUGAAAUGGUUACGACAUUUUAUUUCUAUUGUUAAACCAUCAGUGAAUGACAAGCAUUUAAUACUUUUAGAUGGUCAUCAUAGUCAUAAGACAUUGGAGUCAGUGAUGUUUGCCCAGGAAAAUGGCAUUGAAAUGUUAACUUUUCCUCCCCAUUGCACACACAAGUUGCAACCACUUGAUAAAACCUUUUUCAAAAGUUUGAAAUCAUUUUAUAACUCAUCAGCUGAUUCCUGGAUGAUGACAAACAAAGGCCGUAGAAUAACAUUCUAUGAAAUUGCAACAAUUUUCAAAACAGCUUAUUUCAAAAGUCUUACCAUUGACAAAGCAGUAAAUGGUUUUGCUUCCACAGGUCUUUGGCCACCGAAUAUGAACGUAUUUUCAGAUGAAGAUUUUCAUCCUUCGAAUUUGACAGAUGAACCGUUACCAUCAUCUGCUUUAGAUUUGAAUUUACAUUCAAAUUCAUUGAUUGAAACCAUUGAAUCAGUGGUUGAAGAUGACCCAAACCAAUCAAUUUCUUCAAAAAGCCUUUUGGAGUCAAUUGUUGGACCAAUAAAAUCAUCAACGCCACGAGGUAGAAAAAGAAAAUCUGAAAGAGCUACCUUGCUAACGUCCUCACCAAACAAAAAAUUGCUACAAGAAAAAGAUGAUCAAAAUUGUAAAAAGAUAAAGCGUUCUAAAGAUUUAUUAGAUAAAAAAAGUAAAACGGUGAAACGAACCAAAGAUACAACUCCAUGUGGGACUUGCACACAAAUUUUUUGUAAAGAUGUAACUGGGCGUCAGUGGAUCAAAUGCCAAAAAUAUUGCAUUUGGCAUCAUAAUGGUUGCCAAGGACUAGAAGAGGAUUAUAAUGACAUUUUUAUUUGUAUUGAGUGUGAUGAUUAA